AUGGCAGCCCGGGAGACGCGUACCGGGCUGGGUUUUAGCCUCGCUAGCUUAACCGGAGAAGAGGAGGAUGAAGCGCAUGAGGUGUUGCUGAGUGUGCUGGCCGAGCACGGAAAGCUGGGCCUGUGCUUCUACGACCGCAAAGACGCCAGGCUGCGUUACAUGGCGGACACCCCUGACAACUACGAGCACCACCUGCUGGCCAAAAUCAUCCAGGACAUUAACCCCAAUGUGAUCAUUACUACUGCCAAGCAGGAGCGCAGUAUGAGCCUCUUCAUGCAGGGACUGGCUGCAAAUCCAGACUAUAAACCAGAAGUUGUGAUUUAUCCACAUGUGGACUUUGGUGUGGAAGUGAGUAAGCAGAGGCUGAUGUCUGCUCACUUGCCUUUCCUCCCGGCCUCCAUCUCCGGCAGAGAGAAGAUAGCCUACCUCUCUUCCUACAUCUCCUUCAACUCCCCCCUGAUGGUGCGGACAGUGGGCGCUUUGUUGAAGUGUCUGGACAGGAGGCGAGUGGGAGUGGAGCUGGAGGACAGCAGUGUUGGAGUUCCCAUCCUACAGUUUGACGUGUACACACUAAAAGGCAUGGUGUACAUUGACCUGGAUACAUACAGUGUACUGCAGAUCUUCAAAUCAGAGCUUCACCCGUCUGUGUACAAGCUGCAGUCCGGAGAGAAGGAGGGGCUCAGUCUUUAUGGGAUACUAAACCGCUGCGCGUGCACCUUUGGCUCCAAAAUGCUACGCCGGUGGUUUCUGCGGCCAACGCACGACCUGGCCGUGUUACACAGGAGACAGGAAGUGAUACGCUUCUUCGUGUUGCCACGGAACUCCGAUGCGUUCAACACCCUUAAGUCGUCUCUGCGAAACAUCAGGAACAUCCCGACCCUUCUGCACAAGAUGUCUCUCUCUCAUACCAAAGUGACUGACUGGCAGAGUCUCUACAAGACGGUGUUCAGUGCAGUGUGUAUAAGGGACACGGUUCGCCACCUGCCUCGGUCCAUUCAGCUCUUCCGUGAGAUAAGCGAGGGUUUCUCUGAAGACCUGAGCCACAUAGCCUCCCUCAUCAACAAAGUGGUGGAUUUUGAAAGCAGCGCAACUGAGAACCACUUCACCGUCAAACCGAAUGUGGAUCCUGCUAUUGAUGAGAAGAAGAGGAGAAUGAUGGGAUUGUCGGACUUCCUGACGGAUGUGGCCAGGAGAGAGCUGCAACGCUUGGACACUUGCAUCACUGCCUGCUGUGUGCUAUACAUCCCCCUGAUAGGAUUCCUGCUCUCUGUGCCCCGGCUGCCCAGUAUGGUGGAGAAAGAGGAUUUUGAGAUUGAGGGGCUCGAGUUUAUGUUUCUGUCAGAGGAGCGUCUCCACUACCGCAGCCAGAGAACCAAAGAGCUAGAUGACCUCUUGGGUGACUUGCUCUCCGAGAUCAGAGAUAUGGAGGCAGCAGUUUUGACAGAGCUGCAGAACACAGUCCUAGAAAGAAGUGCCUCUCUGUACAAGGUCGUAGAGCUGAGUGCUGAGCUGGACUGUCUGAUGGCUCUGAGCAGCGCCUCCCAAGAGUAUGGCUACACCCCCCCCAAGCUAGCCAACCACAGGAGAAUAACACUGAGUCAGGCUAGACACCCUCUGUUAGAGAUGUGCUCGCCUGUGUUUGUGGCCAACUCCUUUCAGAGCUCUGAGUCUUUGGGCAGAAUCAAGAUCAUCACCGGCCCCAAUUCAUCCGGCAAGAGCAUCUACCUCAAACAGGUGGGCCUGAUUGUGUUCAUGGCCCUGAUUGGCUCAGACGUGCCAGCUAAGGAGGCAGAGAUUGGUCUGGUGGAUGGCAUCUUCACACGCAUGCAAAGCAGGGAGUCCGUGUCUGUAGGCCUCAGCACAUUCAUGAUAGACCUUAACCAGAUGGCUCAAGCGUUAACCUGCAGCACAGGCAACUCGCUGGUUCUCAUUGAUGAGUUUGGCAAAGGAACCGACACUGUGGAUGGGCUUUCCUUACUGGCUGCAUCAAUCUGUCACUGGCUGAAGAAAGCUCCCGAGGAGGUCCCUCACAUCCUCUUGGCCACAAACUUCCACAAUCUGCUCCAACCGGGCCUGCUGCCCUCCUCUGACCUGCUUUCUAUGCAGACUCUCGAGAUAGCAGAGGAUAAAGAAGAGUUGGUGUUUUUGUACCAGCUGAAGGAAGGCAUCUGCCAGUCCAGCUACGCUGCCCGCAUCGCUACCCUGGCAGGGCUGCCAACCGACGUCGUACAAAGAGGAAUAGAGGUAUGUGAACUGUAUAGAACAGGGAAGACCAUCAAACGCAUCGACGGGCCAUCGUCGAGUAAAGAGGCCAGCAGAUCUGAAAGCAUUGUGGAGAAGUUCCUACGCCUUGACCUCCAAGACGAAAGCGUGGACCUGCAGCGCUUCUUGAAAGAGCUGCUCCCCUCUGGUGGAGAGUCGUUGUAGCGCAGCCGAAGUCAACCGCAUACUGCCGCACACUGCAUUUGUUAGCCUAAUAUUGUCAUUUUGAAUGGGAGGGUAAAGUUUUACUAUGGCUAAACCUGCAGACAAGAAAAAUCAAUUUAGGCUCUUAAUUUGAAUUUCCUCUGUUGCCAUCAGGGCGUCGUUGUGUUUUACCUGCUGGCAAUACAUAUAAAACUGACUUGACUUAGAAAACUACCCGUUAUUCCAAGUCAUUCAUACCUGUUGCAGCUCAGUUAUUAAAUGCUUCGUAGUGUUUUUAUCAGAUUGUUUUAUAUCACGUUUAUCUUAUUUAUCAGAUUGCUGUAUUGUCUUACUGUGAGGUGACUGCGCCACCGUGCCGCUUCUUGAAUAUUGACAGAAGGUCCUGGGUUCGACCCCCGGGGUAGUCCAACCUUGGGGGUCGUCCCAGGUCGUCCUGUAUGGAGUUUGCAUGUUCUCUGUGUCUUCGUCGGUUUCCUCCCACAGUCCAAAGACAUGCAGGUCAGGUGAAUUGGCCAUACUAAAUUGCCCCUAGGUGUGUGUGUGUGUGUGUGUGUGUGUGU